AUGCUAUGUCUUCAGGAGACUAAGAGGGAGCAAAUUGACAACACAAUGUGUCAAGCUCUAUGGGGAGAUGCUGAAGUCAGCUGGGAAAUGCAACCUGCAUCAAAUACAGCAGGUGGUUUACUGUGCCUUUGGAGUGAGAAGACUUUCAAAGUGGAAAGAAAGGUUACUGGCAGGGGGUUUAUUAUGCUGGAAGGAGUAUGGAUUGGCGAGGCUCAGAAGGUCCACAUAGUUAACAUAUAUGUUCCAUGUGAUAUUCAUAACAAGAGAGUUCUCUGGGAUUCUAUCAAGCAGCUGAAAAACUUGAGUCCGGAUGGCCUAUGGUGCUUGUUGGGAGACUUCAAUAGUGUCAGAAACCCAUCAGAAAGAGUGGGCAUGUCCCAGAGGGGGGUAGAUGAUAGGCUCGUCAGUGAGUUUAAUGAUUGGAUAGCGGAUUUAGAAGUAGAAGAGACACCAUGUGUGGGGAGAAAAUACACGUGGUUCAGGCCAAAUGGGGCUGCUAAGAGCAAAUUGGAUAGAAUAUUUGUAUCUACUGAUUGGUUCACUAAAUGGCCUGGAGUUACACAAUUUAUUUUGGACAGGAACUUUUCAGAUCAUUGUCCCGUUCUGCUCAACUCUAAAAAUGUUGAUUGGGGGCCCAAACCUUUCAAGAUCCUCGACUGCUGGCUUAAAGAUAAGUCACUUGGGAAUAUAGUCAACGAAUGCUGGACACAGACACAACAAAGGGGGUGGGGAGGUUUCAUGCUCAAAGAAAAGAUUAAACGUCUUAAGCAGAGGCUGAAGUUAUGGAACAAGGAGCAGUUUGGUGACACAUUCAAGAAGGUUCAAGAUAUAGAGGCUAAACUAAAUAAGCUGGAAGACGAUACAACCGAUAGGCAGUUAACCUCCCAAGAAAUUACAAACCGGAAAAGGCUACAGGAAGAUUUGUGGACAGCUGCCCAAUCACAUGAGUCAUUAAUGAGACAGAAGGCGAGAUCAAGAUGGAUCAAAGAAGGAGAUUGUAAUUCUCGAUAUUUCCACCUGCUGCUGAAUGCUAACCAAAGAAAUAACACAGUGAAAGGUGUGUUCAUUGAUGGAUCCUGGGUCAAAGAACCAACAAGAGUGAAAGAGGAAGUCCGUAGGUUUUUCCAGCAAAGAUUCCAAGAACCCGUGCUGUGCAGACCAGAAUUGAAUGUCAUCAGAUUUAACAGUAUUGGACAGCAACAAAAUGAAGUGCUGGUAGGACGCUUUAACGAGGAAAAAAUAAAGAGGGCAAUAUGGGAGUGUGAAAGUGAGAAAAGUCCAGGUCCGGAUGGGCUAAACUUCAAGUUCAUCAAGCAAUUCUGA